AACACUGAAAAUGGAGUCUAAACCUUCAAGGAUUCCUCGAAGGAUAUCAGUUCAACCCUCCAGUUCCUCUUCAAGUGCUAGAACAAUGGAUGGAAGUAGAGGAAGCAGUCUAACUGAUACAUAUCAUACAAGAGACUCUUCACUGAGACUUGAUGCCGGAUGUCAGGAAUCCAAUCUGUUCCAUAAUUCCAGUAGAGACUGGGGAAUUGGAGAAAGAGGAGAAACUCAUGAAGUUCCCUGGAAGCUUAAUAGUUCUUCUCCAACUCGCUACUCGGGGACAAUUGAUCAUCCAUGGUCUGGAAGAUUUUUGGGAAGCAGAAGCAGAUUGUCUGCAUCUUCCUCCUCCUCUCCUUUUUCAUCUACUUGGUAUGGUGAAUCUGAGAACACUCAGGGAGCAUAUUCAAGAUUACAUAACCAGCAGCGGGAUAGUGAUUCAAAGAGACCGAAGCUUUCCUAUACAUCUACCUCUUCUGUGAGAAGUAAUGGCUUAAAUACAGUUUCAGAUUCCUCAUGGAGGUAUAAUCAAGUUCCUAGAUCUUCGUCAAUGGUACUCAGUUCUCUGGGAACUGAGAUAGUGAGAGAGAGGAGAGAGCUAGAAAGGAGAACAGAUCCAUCUGUUAGUAGUCUUGUGGAUUAUAGUCACAGGAAUGGUGACUUCACAUCUUCAGCAUAUCUGAACAGACCUGCCUCUUCAUAUGCACAGGGAGCAAGACCAAAAGAUAAUUCAUUGAGCACUUUGAGGCUGAAUACAUCCAUGAACCACCAGUUGCCUUCUGAACAUGAGACAUCUUUAUUCUCUAGAGUCUCCAGCAGGAGCUCUUCAAGAUCUAACUAUUCUGCAAGGGAAAUGGAACCUUCCCAAAGGAAUAUACAGCCAGAGUUUACCCACAUUGCCAUUAGAGAUGAAAUGCCUUCCCCAAGCAAUACUGAAAGGGUUUUGUCUCAAAGGUCACUCAGCGAGCCUCCAGCAGAUACUGAAGGAAGGCGUACAACCAGACAAUUAUUAUCUCGUUUAGCUUCUAGUAUGUCAUCUACUUUUUUCUCACGAAGGUCUAGCCAAGACUCACUAAAUACAAGAUCUGAUUCUGAAGAUUCAUGUGUUGUCCCAAGAGUUCAAACUGCUACUCAGUCUAGCACUAAUGCAACUGCACGUCAUGAAGUUCCGGGCAUUCAGACACCUGAAGCUUCUCAGGGAUUUAGCUUUCUUAGACGAAGAUGGGGUUUAUCAGGUGUUUCACAGAACCAUAGUUCUGAUUCAGAUGUUGAAAGUUACAGACAAGAGUCUGAAAGUAGAAAUACAGGAUCCUGGUUAUCAUCAUCUCUACGAAACAGAUGUACACCUCUGUUCUCCAGAAGGCGGCGAGAAGGAAGAGAUGAAUCUGCAAGAACCUCUACCUCUGACACACCUGGUAGAUCACUACACCUCUUUAGGAGAAGAGAGUCUAGCGAAGAGACUCAGCUUGAAGCACAGAGCAGCUCCUCUGGGGCUGCAGCCAGCACACCAGUACCUGCAGUGUCUAGCAGUCCUACAACUACUGCUUCCACACCAGAUUCAGCUCACAGUAUAAGAAAUUCUGGCGUAUCAGGAAUUCUUCCUGGCUCUUUAUUUCGUCUUGCAGUGCCCCCCUCAUUAGGAAGCAGCCUAUCUGACAACGUUAUGAUAACAGUAGAUAUUAUUCCCUCAAGUUGGAAUCAACCUGAUGCAGAAGAAAUUGACAAGUCUAAAAUAUUACCUUCAAGAGAUCCUGAAAGACUCCAGAAAAUUAAAGAGAGCCUCCUGUUAGAGGACACUGAAGAGGAGGAAGGUGACUUAUGUAGAAUCUGCCAGAUGUCAUCUACAUCUCCUACCAAUCUCUUAAUAGAGCCAUGCAAAUGCACUGGAAGUCUGCAGUAUGUUCACCAGGAAUGUAUGAAAAAAUGGCUGCAGUCCAAGAUUAAUUCUGGUUCUUCAUUGGAAGCAGUAACUACCUGUGAGCUGUGUAAAGAGAAAUUGCAUCUUAAUCUUGAAGAUUUCGAUAUUCAUGAACUCUAUAGGGCACAUGCAAAUGAACAAGCAGACUAUGAAUUUAUCAGCUCUGGUCUCUACCUUGUAGUGUUGUUACACUUGUGUGAACAACGCUUUUCUGAUAUGCUGGGAACUGCAAGUGAGGCCAGCACGCGUGUCAGGUUUAUUAACCUUGCAAGAACUCUUCAGGCACAUAUGGAAGAUAUUGAAACUUCAGAGGAUGAUUCUGAGGAUAGUGAUGCUGGCAGAAGUUUUGACACUGCUUAAUGCUGCAAGAAGCAAAUGGAAGUGCUGCAAAGAUGCUGAACUAGCAAGAAAGUACCAUCAACAUGCAUUUAUUCUUUGCUCUUUAGUAGGAAGCGCAAUGAAUAUUUCAAUAGUUUAAAAAGCAUUGCUGAACUGAGUCUACUGCUGCAUACCAGAACAGAAACAGUGAAUUUGAAAACUAUUUAAAGUGCACAAGCGUUAGAUAUACAAUGCUGUAUCCCCUUUGAGAUGGGAUGUUAUGCCUUGUUUUGAAAAAAAUAGAUUUUAAAUAUUUAAGGAAUCAUAUCUCCCUUUAUAUUAACUUCUUAUUGUAGUCAGGUUGCUGGAUUGGUCUAUCAAGUUUUUCUCUUCUACUGGUAAUUGUGUUUUGGGGUGGGGGAACUUAUUUACUUAUAGCAUACAUUUUCCAUUUAAAAAUGCUUAUGUUGUUGUUUCUUAUAAUCACUUGCUUCCAGUGUUAACAUAGGAUGAAUGGGUACUAUAAAAACUACAGUGUUCAGUUUCCAAAUUUUAUUUGAAGAGUGUUAAACUCAACAGCAAUAAGAACUUGCAAGGGGCUUCUAAUAUUUAAGUGUUAAUGAUGGCUUUUUAAUGUACUUAUUUGGAAAUUUUAAGAUUAUAUUUGAUAUUAUGUGGAUAUUCCAUUAAGGGAAAUAUUGCAGCUGU